AUGGAAGUGGACAGUGUUCUCCGUGACGUCAUCGCUUCGGGCUCUUUUACGCAGCCGGCGGAUCAUCAGAAGGUGUUCAAGGACGAGUGCGCCUACUGUUUCAAGACACCCUUCUGGGCAGGUGUGUACUUGAAACAUUUUGAAAUAUUUUUUUUUUAAUUGGUGGCAAAAUUGAUUUUUUGCGGGUUUUACAAGAAAAUUUCUUUGCAUUCAAUUUUAUUUACCCUCCUUACAAUUUCAGGCGGUCUGUUUGUGAGUCUCAAGAGCUAUCACUCGUUCUGCCGCGAACACGCCGAAUACUAUGCGAAUCUCACCGGCGACAAGCUUUUCGUCCAGAUGGAGUCCACAAAAGUGCGCAAAAUUUCAUGACAUUGCUAAAAAAAACUCCAAAUAAAUUGCAGAAACUGGAAGAAGAGAAUCAGGGGCAAGAGGACCGCGCGGCGGACGGAGAGCCGACGUCGAAAAUGACAAAGUUGACGAUUGAGGCGGAGCCAAAGUACACGUACGAGGACAAGUACCGCGUCGUCGUGCAUCCCAACUACGAGGCGCCGAUUUCGAAGGAGCAGGCCAAGGAGCAAGGAGGCGAGCAGCUCUUCGAGUGGGUUUCGACCAGAAAUUGCUUUUUGACAUUUUGAGCCAAAAAUCAAGUGUUUUUUUUGCAAUUGUUCUAAUUUUUCUCAAUUCCAGUGCGAUUCGAGUGGUGGAGGAGUCGACGAGUGCGGAGCGACUGCUCAUGCUGACGCAAAGGGACAAUGGCUGGGACGAGGACGUGAAACUGAUCACGAAGCACGAGAACCUGGUGCAGCUGGAGAACGGCAAGCGACUAGCGCGCUCGGGAUGGACGUGCGAGGCCGACGGAUGCGGACUCGCGGAAAACCUGUGGCUGAACCUGACAGACGGCGCGAUCCGGUGCGGACGGAGUCAGUACGUGGCCGAGGGACAGAUGACGAGGGGCAACGGACACAUGCAGGAGUACUACGCGGCGACGGGCUUCCCGCUCGUCGCGAAACUCGGCACGAUCUCGCCGGAACUCGACCUCAUCGACAUUUACUCGUACGACGAGGACGACGCCGUCGUGAACAACAAUAUCACGCGCCACCUGGCCCACUUUGGACUGAAUCCGUUCGAGAUGGAGAGAACGGCGAAGAGCACUGCCGAGAUGGAGCUGGACAUGAACCAGAAGUGGGAGUGGGCCAAGUGCUGCGAGGACGGAGUCGCACUCGAAUCGGCCUACGGGCCAGGCAACACGGGACUCGUCAACAUUGGAUCCACUUGCUAUCUGAACUCGGUUCGUCGAACAGAUACCAGAGAGAUUUUUGUAGAUUUUCAUUUGAAAAAAAAAAACUGAUCUGACAAGCUUUUGAACGAUUUUGAACAAUCCCCGUUCAGGUGCUGCAAGUGCUCUACCGAAUCGAUUCGUUCCGUGCUCGUUUCGCCGAAAACGCGACGGAAAUCUUCUCGAAAACGCCGAUCGAUCGUCUGCACACUGAUUUCAACGCGCAAUUCGCGAAGGUGUUCAGCGCGAUGCUCAGCGGAAAUUACGCGUCGGAGGAGGACAAGGAGCACAACGGAAUACGACCGCGCCAGUUCAAACGGACCGCCGCCGGAAAUCAUCCCGAGUUUUCGACGGCCAAGCAGCAGGACACUGACGAGUACAUUCGGUGCGUUUUGGGCCCGAAUGGACUGGUGAAACCGCUGAAAUUCAUGCGGUUUUGCGGUCUUCUCUGAAGAUUCGAUCAAAACUAAAAAAAAAUCCAUGUAAACCGGUUUACUUUUGCAGUCAUAUCAUUGAAAAAGUGAGCACGAACAACCGGGACGACGAUCCGACCGAUGCGCUCAAGUAAACCUUCAGUUGUUUUGAAGACUUUCUAACAAACCGCGUUUAGAUUCACCACCUGGACUAGGUUCGAAGACUGCGCGACGCAGAAAGUGAGAUAUUCGGUGCACGAGGAGGUGGCCCUUCAUUUGCCCGUCACUGAUGUAAGUCUGCGGGAAACUUGGCGAAUCGUUGAUAAAAAAGCGGAAGUAAUGCGGUGAAAAUUGUGGAAAUUAGUUGCAGGCGCUUCUCGUUCCGAUUCCCGAGUCGGAGGGCCGAUUUUCGGUCGAUAUGGGCGCCGCGCUUCGCAAUUACUGCAAUACUCAAUUCGUUGAGGUUUGUUCUUUCCGGGUUUCUUUACAAAUUCUCAAAAAAUGCGCAUUUUCCAGGGCUACAGAUCGCCGCUGACUGGAGAGCAAAAGGGCGCGACGAACACGGUCACUCUGAAGACGUUCCCCGAUUAUUUGCUCGUUCAGGUUCAGGUACGGCGAAAUUUGAAUUUCUUGCGCUUUUUCCACACGGAAUGCAGCUAACAAUAGCGUUUUUUUUCUGCAGAAAUUCACGUACACGUCGGCGGGAACGAUGAAAAAGUUGGACGUGGACUUCCAAGUGAUCGAGGAGCUCGAUCUGGCGCCGUUCCGCGGGCACGGACAGCUUCCGCACGAGCAGACGCUUCCGGACAAUAUCGAGCCGCCCGUGGAGAUUCCGGGAAACGUGCGCGCCGUGGCCAACGAGCUGAUGGCGAUGGGAUUCGAGGAGCAGGCGUGUCUUCGCGCCGCGUUCACUUCUAAUGGCAACGCGGAGGUGGCGACGAACUGGCUAAUGGAGAACCUCGAGGAUCCUGGCAUCAACGACCCGUUCGUGAUGCCCAAGGCCGGCAGCACGCCCUCCGCGCACGGACACGUCGACCCGAAUCUCGUGCAAAACAUUGUCGAGAUGGGAUUCUCGGAGCACCAGGCCAAGUACGCACUCAGGCAGGUGACCAACGUCGCCGACGCCGUCGAAUGGCUGUUUGGGAACAUGGACCAGGUGAGCACUUGGAAUGAAGUUUUUAAUUAACAUUUCUGACCAGACUUCAUGGACUUGGAUUGAAGUACAUUGGGUCCAAGUUUCAGACCGUUCCGAUCAUCUGGUCCAGAGAUAUGUGGAAGCCAAAAAGGCCGCAAUUUUCGCAAAAACCUGGCCUUUCCGAUUCAGUAUAUCUCGGGACCGGAUGAUCCGAUCGAUCUGAAACUUGGACCCAAAAUACGUCCAAAACGGCUGAGCUUAUUUCUAAUGUGCUAAAAGUCCAGGCCUUCUGUAAGAUAUUCCAAUCGGACUGAAAUACUCGUUUCUGAGACCGUAAAGCGCCGCUAUCUAGACAUUUCUGACUUUACCCGGGCUGUAACAAGUUGUCAAGUUGCUUCAACUGUCUAAAUUGCUGCUAUGGGUCAUAUUCGUUCCGUUUCCACUCACUUGAACCCACUAGACUACCUGAUACGAGCACUAGAGCUCAAUCCGAUAGCCAGAUCGGAAAAAUGUUUUGGCGUUUCCCAAGCGUGCCGCACCUAUAAUGCGUUUAUCUUCAGAUUCCCGAGGAAGCGCCGGCCGAAAUGGCUCCACCGCCGCCGCCGACCGUCGCCAGAAACCCGGACAAGGUGUACCGUGACGGAUCGGGGCGGUACAAGCUGAUCGGAAUGAUCUCGCACAUGGGAUCGCGGCCGGACUGCGGACAUUACGUCGCGCACGUCUACAAGGACGGUCGAUGGGUUAGUCGUCUUUGAAACUGCAAUUUUGGGCUUAGAAAUGGAAAUUGCUCAUAUUCUCUUGUUUUUUUAGGUGCUGUUCAACGACGAGAAAGUGGCGAUUUCGCAGGAGCCGCCGCUGAAAUUGGCCUACCAGUACCUGUACGAACGUGUCGCCGAAUCGCUCUAA